CCUGCUGGUGGGAGACUGUAGCGUCUACCAAAAGGAGAAGAGAAGAGAGCAGCACUGCUGUCGAGGACAGGAAGAAUUCAUGCCGAGGCGUCAAAGUUCAGGCCAUGGAAAUAACGCUGAAGAGUUUACCAAUGAAGGUGGUGAAUAUUCCAUGGAGGAACAACAACCUCAGCAGUCUACAUGCAGACCCUCCUUUUUCUGAACAAGGAGAAACCAUCAUCGGAGCCUACUUGUUAGUGUUGGGAUGGCUGUCAUGGUUUGGAAACAGCUUGGUGAUAUUUGUCUUGUACCGGCAGCGCGCCUCGCUUCAACCAACGGAUUUCUUCACAUUAAAUCUCGCCAUCUCUGACGCCAGCAUCUCGGUGUUCGGCUACUCCCGAGGAAUCCUGGAAAUAUUCAACAUAUUCCGGGACGAUGGGUACUUGAUCACGUGGAUCUGGACUUGCCAGGUAGAUGGCUUCCUCACGUUGCUCUUUGGCCUCGUCAGCAUCAACACGUUGACUGUGAUCAGCGUCACCAGAUACAUCAAGGGAUGCCACCCGCACAAAGCUAACUGCAUCAGCAUAAACACUGUCGCCAUAGCACUAAUCUUCAUUUGGGCCGGAGCCGUGUUCUGGUCUGUUGCUCCACUGCUGGGAUGGGGCAGCUACACAGACCGAGGUUACGGCACCUGUGAGGUGGACUGGUCCAAAGCCAAUUACUCUACGAUUUACAAGUCCUACAUCAUCUCCAUCCUCAUCUUCUGCUUCUUCGUCCCCGUCAUGAUCAUGAUCUUCUCCUACGUUUCCAUUAUCAAAACAGUGAAGAGCACAAAUGCCAUGUCAGCCGAUGGGCUCCUCUCAGAUCGCCAAAGGAAAGUGGAAAGAGAUGUCACGAGGAUUUCAAUUGUUAUCUGCACUGCCUUCAUCAUGGCCUGGUCACCCUAUGCGGUGGUGUCCAUGUGGUCGGCGUGGGGCUUCCACGUGCCGAGCAUCACCAGCAUCGUCACCCGUCUCUUCGCCAAGUCCGCCAGCUUUUACAACCCGCUCAUCUACUUCGGCAUGAGCUCCAGGUUCCGCAGGGACGCCUCGGUGCUGCUGCCCUGCAGAGCUGAGAGCAGGGAGGUGGUGCGUCUGCAGCGCUUCAAGAACAUCAAACCCAAGGCCCAGACCAGGUCACUGCCUGUUCAGAAGCCGGAGGCGAAAUACGCAGCCGAAGAGACGACGAGGCCCAACCCUGACAAUGACUCGGGGGUCAACAGUCCUCCUCAGACUCCUCCAGAGGUCUUCUGUAUUGACGGGCCGUCGCACAUUGAGACCUCAGAGUACUGGUGUGACCGACUCUGAAGACUGCUUCUGAUUUGUUUCAAACAAGUUAAAAAAAGAAAUUUGAGG